AUGGAGGCCGCUCGGGGCGUGGAGGCCCAGGUGCAGGCCGCGCGCCCCAGCUUCUGCAUGCGGGUCCGUGUCCCCGAGGAGGACCUGCUGAGGGAGUACGACUACGUGACGCGCCUGCCAGUGCUGGUCCAGGUGACUGAGCAUCCCAGCGCGAAAGAGCAGCACGAGCAGCCCAGCGCGAAAGAGCAGGAGCAGCCCAGCGCGAAAGAGCAGCACGGGCAGGAGGGGCAGCCCAGCGCGAAAGAGCAGCACGAGCCGAAGGAGCAGGUGAAGUUGAUGGACGUCAUCGAGUCCCUCAAUGGUCCGACGACCGCCUACCCGACGGUGCGCAAACUAGAGUACAGGGAGCCCGCCGAGCAGGUGCUGGGGGCCGACCUCGACACCGUCGACGUGGCGACGCAGCUGCAGGACAAGACGGAGAGGAAGACCUCAGCUCUGCCGAGGGCCCCGACACCGAGCACGUUGGCAGUGGACGACUACUUGGCGAACAUCCACGCGGCGAUCGGCAUGCCUGCCCCGUCGACGUUGCCGAAGCACGACAAGACGGAGAUCGUGGACCUGCUCGAUGGCGACACGUUCGAGACCUCCAUCUUCGACGCGCUGGCAGCCGAGCAGAGCAGCCAGCCGCCGCUUGAGUUUUCGCCGCCGCCCGACUCGCAGCCUCCAGCUGACUUGGACCCCUACGAGUGCGAGUCGUCGCAGUGCCUGUCGCGCUAG